UCACUGAUGAGUUCCGCAGGGGAGCGUGGCUGGAGCCCAGCACAACAUCAGCAUGGCCAUUGCGGCUGCCGCAGAAGAAGUGCUGAAGACGGCCCUUGAGGGGGACCCUAAAUCCCGAGCCUUUGUGAUGCAGAUCUUGUCCUUCAAAAUGAAGUCCUACCUCAUGCACCACAUGCAUGGAGGGCGUAAGGGACCAAAGGGGGGAAUGGGUGGUGCGUUCGGAGGAAUGGGUGGUCCUCAUGGUGGAAUUGGUAACAUGUUUGGAGGAAUGGGAGGUCCUCAAGACGGAAUGAAAGGUUCACAAGGCGGAAUGAGUGGCAUGUUCGGAGGAAUGGGUGGUCCACAAAGCGGAAUGGGUGGAAUGGGUGAUAUGUUCGGAGGAAUGGGUGGCUCACAAGACGGAAUGAGUGGCAUGUUCGGAGGAAUGGGUAGCUCACAAGGCGGAAUGAAUGGCAUGUUCGGAGGAAUGGGUGGUCCACAAGGCGGAAUGGGUGGAAUGGGUGAUAUGUUCGGAGGAAUGGGUGGCUCACAAGGCGGAAUGAGUGGCAUGUUCGGAGGGAUGGGAGGUCCACAAGGCGGAAUGAGCACGAGCGCUGUUCGGCGAGGUCCGGAGGGCUCAGGAGGGAACGUGAGACCUACGGACGGGGCAGGAUCCUCUCGACCUCCGAAUUUCGACAAUUCGCGGCCCCCUCAGAACACAACCCCCUUCGAGAGCGGAGAUAGGCGCACGAGUCUCCCGCCCAUGACCUCCAACAGCGUGACCAACAACAUCGGAAACAAUGCUGUAUUUUCAGCAUCAAGCAUCGGCCCACAGAGCUGGGGAGAGCAGUCCGACGGGAGUUUCAUCUGCAAGGACGGAACACGAAUAGACUUGAUCAAGAUAAAGUGCGACGGCUUCACCGACUGUCGGGACAAAUCGGAUGAAGCAAAUUGUACGAGAAGAUUCAGAAGAGACGCUUCCAUCGAGGAUGUAAAUUCUGUGGAAGACCACAACUCUACGGAAGACCGCAACUCUACGGAAGACCACAACUCAGUAGAGGAAACAAAUUCUUGGGAGAAUGAUAACGAUGACCGGGCUUUCGGAAAUUCUAUUUAUAGAUCACGACUGUCAAAAGAUCGUUCAGGCGAUCGACGUAGAAGGAACGGGACCGAUACAGAUUCGUCGAAUGAACGUUCUUCGAGUGGCAACCGACGAGAAAGAGGAUCCCGAAAAUCAUCUCCUGGUCGAUUCGAUGACGAUGACUUGGAUUCCGGUGAAGAUAUCUUAGAUGCGCUGACACGUCUAAUUGGAUCUGCGGGAGAUGACAACGAAACAGCCGCAGCUCAAGACGAUUUUCUGACGUUGUUUCAAGACAUCAUGAGAACAAAUGUAGCUUCAAUGCCAGGAUUCAACAACAAUAUUCAUAACAGUGUCCAGCAAAAUGAAAAGAGGAAUGGCACUCGUCGGACUAUGCAGCUGAAGCGGUCAUCACAGAGCAGCAUGUUCCCUCGACCCGGAAGACACGGAGGUGGUCGUGGAGGUGGCAGAAACUUCCACUGCAGUGCCAAGAUGAAGGAGAUGCUCGAAAUGAAGAAGGUCAUAUCGAUGAUGUUCAUGCAGCUCGUAAAUUCGGAGCCAGAUAAUAUGAAAGGCUUCACCUUCCUCCCUGUGACAUUGCGGCAGAGUCUCAAGAGUGCCAUCACGAUGGUGCUCAUGCAAGGACCCCCACGAGUCAACAAGCCGUGGUUCAAGGCUCUGCAAAAUAACUCAAGGCUAUCAAAUCUGACGUUUGGAGUCUAUAAGGAUGCGAAAAAGUUGAAGGGCGUCGAUAAACUACAAAAAAUCUUCGAUUAUUGGAGGAAUAAUGCGUCGCAGCUUGCACGCAAUGCUCUGGCAGGCGACUCCGAGAGUUUGGAGCUUCUAGAUCUUAGCCUCCAGUACAUGGACGCCUCCAAGCCCUAUCUGGCAAGAAUGCACGACAUCAAGUCUAGGAUGAUGGAGAUGAUGAAGAACGACCGGACGAAGAUGAGGUCACUCCUCAGCGGCAAGCUCGGAACUGAGCCAACUCUGGAUGAGCGAUGCAUGAGGCUAUCAGGUGACGUGGCGCAGGCGAUGAACUCAGCCCAAAUAACUCAGCAAGAAGUGUCGACAAUCUUCGAGUCGCCCUUCGACAUGAUGCAGGAGGACGGGAACUCUGAGAGUAGUUCUUCAUCUGUUCCAAUCUACUGGCGAGUCGAGAACCAGGACGUGCUUCGCGGUGAGCGCUGCUUCGCAACCGGCGCCAUGACCUGGUCUAAAGUGGCGGUCUGUAGCUGCAAGGAGAGCGCUGUUCGCCUCCCUCCAGUCAUGUUUGGUCCACAGCCCUUUGGAAUGAAUGGAAGGGGAGGAAGUGACGAGGAUAUGGGAGUAGGAAAUGAAAUUUUCGGAAUGGGGGGAGGUCGACCAGGAGGAGGAUUCCGCGGGAUAGGAGGGGGCGAGGGGCCAAGUAGAGGAGGAUUCUUCGGAAGGGGGGGAAGUCGAGACGGAGAUCAAAACGGCGACGACGAUAACGACAACAGUGGUGGAUCUGGCAUGAUGUUUCCCAAUCUCCCAGGUCCCAGCAACAGUGGAGGUAGUCCAAUAAUAUUCCCUGGCUCCUCCAUCGACUUGAGUACCAUUCAGAACAUCAUCUCAAAUUCGAUCAGCAAUCCAGAUGGUUCUCUGAACCUAGACGCCCUCAAGAAUAUUUUUGCAAACCAAGCAUCUGGUGGAUUAGACUUAGGUAGCAUCUUUGGGAAUGUAGGGUCACAAAUAUCGCCCAAUAUGACUCCUCAAGCAACAUCGAAUACCGGGGGCUCAGCUGGGGGAAGUGGAGGAUUCGAUAUAAACAGCCUGCAGUCAUUUUUCAAUUCCAAUGGUCCACGAACUGGAGGCCCAAUGUCCAAUUUCAACUUUGCUCCUUUGCGCAGUGGCAAUAAUCGCCCUGAUGCAAACCGCCAGAUUAACUUGGGUGCAGAGAACCGUAAUCGUUCAGAUGCAGGUCGCCCUGAUGCAAACCGCCAGAUUAACUUGGGUGCAGGGAACCGUAAUCGCUCAGAUGCAGGUCGCCCAUUUGACCGGGAUGCAGGCUGGCAUAACAGCACGAAUAACUCAUCACGCUUGUCUCACAUCGAGCUGAAUCACCGAUCGGAAAUGGAGCUGCAAGACGGCACGCUGCAGGUGACGGGUGAGGUGCUUGUGGGGCUGAAGCUCAACGGCUCAUUUGACCUUGGCAGCAUCUGCGCCGAUAGCUGGAACAGCACUGAGGCACUCGUCGUCUGCAACGUCCUCGCCAACAGGCUCAGCCGCCACGAGAAGCCACUGAUGCGAGCGCAAGCGAAAUCGCCCGUGAAGCCACCGAAGACGCCGAUGAACAAUGAGCUCAAUGUCGCCAUAAAGUUGGGCGGGGUGAAGUGCCAGGGCAACGAGACUGACAUCAUGCAGUGCACCCACUCGCCAUGGGGCCCUCAAAGCUGCCCUGGCAACGUGAAGGCUACGGUGACCUGCAUCGUGCGCUGAUGCGAAUAACAGCAUUCAAAGGAGGAGAGAGGGAGACCCACCACCUGACUAGCACUGAUGAGAGUGACUUUUUCCAAUGGUCAGGUUAUAAACGUGAGGUUUUUUAAUGGCCAGUGCAUACCAAGUAAAUAGAGAUUUGUUUUAGCCUAGAUAACAGAAGUGAAUAAUCAGUAGAGAUUUAAUCGGCAAGUAAGUCUGAUAAUUCAGAGUACCGUGGUGUAAAACGGUGUCUAGAUCUGCCCAGAAUUAUGGUACUAUUAUAGUCCUAAUUCCCAAUUAUGUAUGUUCACGUUCAAUUGAAGAAAACUGCAGCUACAUGAAUUUAGGUAGGUAUAGAUUAAAUAACUAAAUGUGGGUGAAUUAAACGAUCUUUUAUAUUAGAGAAUAAAAUUCAUUUAUGACACAAUCGUACUCACGGCUAAGUGACAGGGAUUUUUUUCGGCAUGUAAAAAUAUGAGAGGGAGGUCAAAAAGUCUAGGAAAUAUAAACAAUUGUGAUAAAAAGUGCAUUUAUUACUUAUUAGCCAUGCACUGUGGAGUUAUUGCACAAACGUGUUUCGACAUUUAUGAUGGGAGCAAUUACGCACGCCUGUUAGCACGAAAUGGCAACGGCUAGUUAUGUUCACGAAGACCAUUAUGUUCACGAAGACCAUUAUGUUCACGAAUGCUGCGCUGGCUGUCGAUAUGAAUCUGAUUCCUCCUGCAGUGCCUUAAUGAAACCCAUUAUUUUCUGUUUGAGAUCGUUUCCGUGAUGCACUUUCGAGCAUAUUUCAUCAAUUUUACCAUCAACUGCUUAACUAAUAAUAUCAACAAUCUAGAACUGC